GCGUGUGUGUGUGCGUGCGUGCGUGUGUGUGCAUGUGUAUGUGUGUGUGCGUGUGUGUGUGUUUCUUCGGGAGAAAGAAUCUUGCCUGUUUUUCACAACCUGAACCUGUUCGUCCACGUAGCAUCUGUUUGUGUGUCAGCUGUUUCUCUCCGGUCGUCGUCCUCUGUCUGUGGACUCACUUCUUCUUCCUUCAUCUCCCACUUCUCCUUUUCUGUCUCAUUCUCUCUCGCGGUGAGUUUGAAUCUCUGCGUUUUGUCCUGCAUGGAGUUGUGAGCCGUAGAUGAGGGCUCUUCAUCAGACGCUGUCGCUCGUGUCUGGACUGAGGUCUGACCUGUGAAGCUCCACCAGCCGAAGGCUUAGUGUUGGACAGGGGAUCUGCAUUUCUUGUGUGUUUGCACAUGUAGGCUUUAGUGGCAAAGGUGAGUCCAACCAAAUGCUUCACAUUAUGCAACCAAAGCUCCCUAAUCCCCUCGCUGGGGAACCAGCGAUGCUGGAUUACAGCAGGGAGUGAGUCGGAGCAGGGAAACCACUGGAAUCGCUGUUCUACGACUCAAAUAGUUUGUCUGCAGCUCGACAGAGGUGAAGAAACCUGCAGGAAUGUGUGAGUGCGAUAAAGAGGCAGAAACACGGGCGUGUGUUUGUAGGUUGGCGGUCGCGCGAGCGUGGGGUUGAAGUCCAAACUUUUUUUUUUUUUUUUUACUCUGCAUUCUUGAAUAAAUCCUGUGUUUGGUCUUGCUUAUGUUUAGCAUUUUCUAUAUAAAAACAGGACCGAGGCUUGAAGCAGACAUGUGAGCUGUUAUAAUUAUGAUUCCCCACACUCACGUCCUCUGUUUGCAUUAAUGUACUUUUUUUGUGUGACUUUUGUGUCUUUGUGGGAGACCUGUUGUCUGAACCGGUCAUAAUAGAAACGCAGGCCUAUCGCGGCCCUGUGCAGCCGGUGUGCGGGCUUUUGAAGGCUUUUGCCCGUGCUCUCUGUGGUGCAGACGAUGGAGGGCUCCCUGAAGGCGGACUUGGCGGCGGUGGAGGCUCCUCUGCCUGAUGGACGCGGGGCGUUCGCCAUCCGCUGCCGGGACGUGUGCCGCUCCUACGGCAAACUGAAGGUGCUCAGCAGCCUCAACCUGACUGUGCCCCAAGGACAGAUCUACGGCCUUUUGGGGCCCAGCGGAUGUGGGAAAACCACUCUGCUGAAAUGCAUCGUGGGAACUCUGAAGAUCUCGCGAGGCCACAUCACCGUGUUGGGGAGGCCGCCUGCAUUUCCUGGGCACGACGUGCCGGGGAAGAUGGUCGGAUACAUGCCACAGGAGCUGGCGCUGUACAGCGAGUUCACCAUCAGCGACACCCUGACCUUCUUCGGACGAAUCCACGGCCUGACGUCCAAGGAAACCCAGGCGCGUAUGAACUUCCUCAUCGACUUCCUGGAUCUACCUCGGAAAAACAGCCUGGUCCGAAAACUCAGCGGAGGUCAGAAGCGCAGGGUCAGCCUCGGCGCCGCUCUGCUCCAGAACCCAGAGCUGCUGAUUCUGGACGAGCCCACGGUCGGCGUGGACCCUGUGCUCAGGGCCAAGAUCUGGCAGCAUCUGGUGGAGAUCGUGAAGACGGGGAAAGUCUCUGUCAUCAUCACCACACAUUACAUCGAGGAGGCCAGGCAAGCAAAUGUGGUUGGACUCAUGAGGAACGGCCGCCUGCUGGCAGAAGCUCCUCCGGACGCCGUCAUGAAGCAGCACAGCGCCUCCACGCUGGAGCGCGCCUUCCUCCAGCUGUGCGAGACCUCGGACCGGGCCGGUUCUGAACGGGGCUCCAGCCCGCCGGGGAAGCCGCUGGAGAACAGCCAGUCGUUCGAGAGCGGGCGAGACGAGAGUCGGCCAAUUCUCGGAGUCGGACCCGGAGCUGCAGAGGAAGCGCCCAAAUAUUCAGUGGACUGGAAGGUUCGCGCCACCCACGUGCUGCCAAAGUGGAGGAACAUUGCUGCCCUGACCAUCAAAACCAUUGUGCGGAUGAAGCGGAUGCCGGGCUCGCUCUGCUUCCAGUUCCUGCUGCCCGUCAUCCAGAUCUCUCUGAUCUGCCUGUGCGUCGGAGGCGAUCCCAGGGGAAUCCAGGUGGCUGUGGUGAACAACGAGAGCGGCUCCUCGGCCUACAGCCGCUCGCUGCUCUCCUUCCUGGACAACUCCAGUGUGGAGCAGGUGAACUUGUCCCAUGCUGACGCCUUCAAUGGGAUCUACAAUGGGGAGUACUGGGGGGUCAUCGGCUUCGGCAAGAACUUCACCAGCUUCCUGACAAAGAGGAUGAUCCAGCGACAGGUUUCUAGAGACGUGGUCGAUGGAGGAUCGGUGCACGUCUGGUUGGACCUCACGAAUCGACAAAUUGCCCUGAUGCUGCAGAAGAAACUUCACGAAGCCUUUCAGGCUUUUGUGGAGGACAAGCUGGGCAGUAUGUCGUACUUGGUGGCGCUGCCAAUAAAGUUCGAGGAGCCGAUCUACGGCAGCGCUGACACCGACUUCACCACCUUUGUGACGCCCGGCGCUGUGCUCAGCAUCACCUUCUACCUGGCUGUGGGGCUGACGGCGCUGUCCUUCGUCCUGGAGCGAAAGGAGGGGCUUCUGGACCGAUGCUGGGUCGCAGGUGUGAGCUCCUUGGAGACGAUGCUGGCCCACCUCUUCUCUCAGCUGUUUGUCAUCAGCAUUCAGAUUAUUCUGCUGCUGCUCUUCAUUCUGCUCGUCUUUAAGAUGCCCAACGAGGGCUCCCUGGCGUUGGUCGUGGUACUGAUCGUGCUGCAGGGCAUCACCGGCAUCUCCUUUGGCCUCGUCAUCUCAGCGGCAAUCGACGACGAGCAGAGCGCCAACCAAAUGGCCCUGGGCAUCUUCUACCCCAACCUCAUCCUCAGUGGCAUCAUCUGGCCUGUGGAGUGUAUUCCCUACCCGCUCCGCUACCUCAGCCUGGCGCUGCCUCAGACCUACGCCUCCGAAGCCCUGCGCUGUAUCAUGUACAGAGGUACAGUAACCUGCUCAUACCUUGCACAGCCCUUCAUAGUGUUGCAGCCUGCUGUUGGCGUGUGUCAGAUCCUCAAUGCCCACAUGCUCAGAUUGAUGCAUUAUACACAGCAAAGCCACUGGUGUAAAUGAUUAAUCAGCCCUGGAUCCUGUGGAACUCAGCUUCCUGGAAACUGAGACACAGUGGUUUCAGUGUGUCCCGGCCUUCCUCCUUCUCUGGACCACGUCACCGGUGAACACAGACGAUAGCCCCCUUGUUAGGUGAUACACGUCAAGCACAGGAAGCCCGACGAGGCAUUUCCUGUUGAAAAGCCUAUCGAGAGCCGCGUUGGAAGACGAGACGCGUGCAGAAUGUGCCGGGGCCAGAGAUGGAGGCGUAAGAUGAAACUUCACCCUGGCCCCAUUUACUGAUUGGAAUCAGGUGUUAGCGCAGCAUCCGUGAUCUUCAGGUUUGUCAACAUGUACAGUACAGUUCCCACAUUCACAGGCAGACAUAAUUGGCUCCUUUCAUAAUAUUUAUGUCUAUGACAACCACAGAUCAAAGGAAACCUUUGCUUAAAUCAGGCUGUUUAUGAUUCAGGCAUCAAGUACAAACAGCACAUGUUUC